GCGGCAAGGCGCCGGAACUACGGUGCCCGUCAGGCCUCGCGUCAGCCCCUUGGCCCGCCUCCGCGGCGGAGACGGGAAACGGAGUCGCCUGCGAGUCCUGCGCCCUGAGAAACUACCGUUCCUGUCAGCCUCUGCGCUCGCCUGUCGCUUCCCCCGUCCCCGCCUCCGCCUUCGGGGCGGGGAGGGGGGGGGGGGGGGAAGAGACGGGACACGGAGUUGGCGCCAACGCCGCCGGCGGGACCCGGACUACCCGUCCUAGCGGGCCGGGCGCCAGCGUCCCUCAGCGUCCGGAGCGAGGGCCGGACCUGCUGCUUUUGGCCUUCAUCUGUGGAAAGCUGCGGCUACCCGCUCCUCGCGGGCGUAGGUGCAGAGCGAGGACGCAGCGAGGGCAGCCGUGUUGGUCAGCAGCGCUCCCGAGCGAAGAUCUGCGAGCACGCGCUCUCCUGUGAGGCGAGAGCCCGCGCGUCUGUACGCGUCCAGCCGUUGCGUGCAGUCCCACUGAGGCUGGGGUGGAGGCAGGAACAAGAUGUGAUCCUUUCUUGUCAGGAGAAUGCAGAAAGCAGAAGUAAAGCUACAUGAGUAAGAAAUAAGUUUCCUAAGCAGCUAGUAUCAUAAGGACACCUCAAUAUAGCACUCUCCACUUACUAAAGUGACUCCCUGACAUGGAGAAGCUUGGAGUUGCCAUGUCCACUGUGGUUCCAUAACACCUCUAGGCCAGAUCUCCUGCCUUAUACACAUGAUCAUCCAGAAAGAUACUGUGAUCUUGAAAGGAACACAUAGCUCCACAUCAUGAACUUACAGCUCUUUGUUUCAUCACGCCAUCCUAAACAGAUUCAGACCAGUCCAGGCUACCUUGAGACUUAUUAGAGCACAGAAGCCAGAAGUUUGAUUUCAGACUUCUUUUUGAACCUCAGACGAAUCUGAGCUAUAAAACUGGUUACCUUUCCAGAAGAUUCUUUAAGGGUGUCACUUUACACUUCAGAAGUGAAAUCUGGCAGUGCUGGCUUCCCCGACAUUGGACACCUUUAAGAUUGGGCUGGACGGCUGCUGGGCCAUCUUGUCUAGACAGAGCUUUUGCCAAGAAAGGUUGGACCAGCUGAUCCUUGAGGUCCCUUCCAACUUGAUAUUCUGGAAGUAGGUACGAAGGAAGUUGUCUGAAGUUGCAGAAUGAGUCAUGGCGAACCUAGAAACUGAAUGGUCCUAUCUGCUCACUGCUAGGCCUCCUGCCUCGAUUUUUGUCAUCUUACGCUCCUUGGACUGAGACAAAAAGAACAAAAAUUCCAUAAUUACUGACCCUGAUGGCACACUGCCCGAAAAAUGAAUACUUUGAUAAUUUGCUGCUCUCUUGUAAGCCUUGUCAUCUUCGAUGUUCUAGUACACCACCGCCUUCAUGUGAAAACUACUGUGAUAAGAGUACUGAUUCAAGUGGAGUUCUUUGGAUUUGCCUGGGCUUAGGAGUAAUUUUAAUGCUCACUCUGUUCACCUUAAUGGUCUUGUUUAAAUGGAAGCACCUGAAGCCACUAAAAGAAAAACUGAAAAACACAGACUCUUCUGUGGAGCUGAAUAAUAUUCUCAAGGCUCAUACUGAAAGCAGUGUAAAUACAGAAGGAAUUAGGCACUCACUUCAAAGUGAGACAUUAAUGUAUUCAGUGGAAGAAUGCACUUGCAGUGACUGUGGCUUCGUAAAACCUCAGACUGGCUGUGAAACUUCAUUUCCAUUACCAGCUACAGAAGAAGGAGCUACUGUUCUAGUUACCACGAAAUCUUUUGAUUAUUGCAACUAUAUUCUGGGCGCUGGGUGACUAUGAGAGAAGUAUAUUUUUACUGCAUAAUAAUAGUUAUUCCAGUAUAGCUAUUAAUCUUAAUACUUGCAGUCAGUGGAGAAGACUAGUACAUCAUCCUUAUAGAUCUUCCAUUGAGCUUUCAUUAAUAUUGUCAUAUUAUUUCUAAUUCUAGUAUCUCUUUGGUCAAAUAUUUCUACAUUAUUCUCAGGUACUAAAGUAGUUAUUGGAAUUUUUAAUUUUUGAAUGUCCCCAUGUAGGCUGGCUUUUCCUGCCUUUAGUGAUUGUAUCUACUUACGCCGGAUGUAUACAAGCCCAUCAAUAAACAAGUUUGCAAAUAUGUA